AUGAAUAUCCUCAUUUCGGCCGCUAUAUUCGUGACCGUAUCUUCCGAGUUCUCUCCUGAUUUCUCAGCAUUUCUUGCCACUUACUAUGGCCCAUAUGUGAGAAACCAAAUGGAAAGGCGAGAUCUUGGAUCGACGGGAUCCUUUGGUGGAAAAGCGAAUAGAACAGAACGUCUCAACAAUCAACCAAUUGUGUUUGUACACGGUGUUUCGGACACGGCCGGCGAGAAGAUGAAACAAGCAGCUGAAUGGUUUAUGUCGAUGGGAUACAAAAGUAGCGAGCUGUAUGCUACAACGUAUUUCGAUGGAUCUCAAGGAAACCCUCUCAAGUGGGUGGAGUACGGUAUGAGAUGUGAAUACGUGAAACAGAUUCGAGCUCUUAUCGUUGCGACUCGACUCUACACAGGCCGUGCUGUGGACGUGAUCGCCUUCUCACUUGGAGUGCCCGUAUCCAGGAAGGCUAUCUUAGGAGGUCGAUGUGUGGACUCUGGCGAAUAUCUGGGCGCACCACUCACGAAAUUCAUCGACACAUUUGUUGGUGUCGCUGGCCCGAACCACGGUAUAAGUUUGCAGGUGGGUGGCGUUGCUAUUCCUGGAUGUGUGCUGAGUGUGAUCCCCGUUUGUAAUCAAGUAACCGGACUCUAUUCAGGAUUUUGUCCUAAUGAAAGCGAAUUUCUGCAGGAUAUUAACAAGCAAUAUGGAUAUGAAGGUCGUUAUAUCUUUUCUAUUCAUUCAAAGAAGGACCAAAUAGUAGGCCACAUCGUAUGUGACAAGGUUACAUCGAUGAUAGCCGGUCAAACAGGUGAAAAGGUGCUCGAGGACCUCAAUCACGAUGACACAUUCCAGAAAACCCAUGAGACCCAGCUGACAAUGAUACAGUAUCAUACUGUUUUAUAA